AUGCCUCCGCGCCGCCGCUCCGCCUCCGGCUACCGCGGCGUCCGCGCGCUGCCGAGCGGCCGCUUCAACGCCGAGAUUCGCUCCGGCGAGGAGCGGAUCCGGCUCGGCACCUUCGACACCGCGCAUGAGGCGGCGCGAGCCUACGACGCUGUCGCGUGGCGCCUCGGCCGCCCCCGCCGGCAGAUGAAUUUCGACGAUGUUUGGACGCGCGAGCAGGCGGAGAUGCUCGCGCCGCCAUCGCCGCUCAUCACGAACGAACAGCAGCGCCGCCAUCGGGAGCUGGAGCAGCGCCUCCUCAUCGCCGAGCGCGACGAGGCGAUGCGCGUCGAAUGGGCGCGGCGCUUCCCCGAGGACGUCGCCGCCACGGAGGCCUUC